AUGCGCCAUCUCGCUGCAUACCUCCUCCUCCAGGUCGGUGGUAACGCCUCCCCUUCGGCCGACGACGUAAAGAAGGUCCUCUCUGCCGUCGGCAUCGAGGCUGACGACGACCGUCUCUCGUCCCUCAUCUCCGAGCUCGAGGGCAAGGACGUCGCCGCUCUCAUCAACGAGGGUGCCGGCAAGCUCGCUUCCGUCCCCGCUGGUGGCGCCGUUGCGUCGUCCGGUGGUGCCGCUGCUGCUGGUGGCGCUGCUGCUGCUGACGCGCCCAAGGAGGAGGAGAAGAAGGAGGAGGAGAAGGAGGAGUCCGACGACGACAUGGGCUUCGGUCUGUUCGACUAA